CCCACUGAACGGAGAAAAAGCAACAUCCUGUGCUGUCGAACCUGCCACCAUGGGGAACAUUUUUGGCAACCUGCUGAAGAGCCUGAUCGGCAAGAAGGAGAUGCGCAUUCUUAUGGUGGGGCUGGAUGCUGCUGGGAAGACCACUAUUCUCUACAAGCUGAAACUGGGAGAGAUUGUCACCACCAUCCCAACUAUUGGGUUCAACGUGGAAACGGUUGAGUACAAGAACAUCAGCUUCACUGUGUGGGAUGUGGGUGGCCAGGACAAGAUACGGCCCCUGUGGCGGCACUACUUCCAGAACACCCAGGGUCUGAUCUUUGUGGUGGACAGCAACGACCGAGAGCGAGUGAAUGAAGCACGUGAGGAGCUGAUGCGGAUGCUGGCAGAGGACGAGCUGCGAGAUGCUGUUCUCCUUGUCUUUGCUAACAAGCAGGACCUCCCCAAUGCCAUGAAUGCAGCAGAAAUCACAGACAAGCUGGGCCUUCACUCGCUGCGCCACCGCAACUGGUAUAUCCAGGCCACCUGCGCCACGAGCGGAGACGGCCUCUACGAAGGCUUGGAUUGGCUGGCCAACCAGCUGAAGAACAAGAAAUGAGUGUGUGUGUGGGGGAAUGGUGGGCUAAGCCCCUCUUUCUCUAUUCCUUUUUGGGUUGAUCCCCCCCUUCCCCCAGCGCAUCCCCUUCCUCUCUUUUCCUGUCAGGUUUGCUUUUCCCUUGCCGGCACCGGUUGCUG